GGCUGUGUGGCUGAGUGACAAAGAUACCCUUCAGCCAGCUCACUCUGAAUGCAUGACUGAAAGAUCACAUUGAGUGUCUUACAUCCACACUUCCUGUUCGGCAUUGCUUCAAGGAACACAUGGAUUCAUUUCUCAUGCUUUUUAAAUGCGGUGCAUUACUUCCAAGGCCAUGUAAAGCUGACUGACCAUUAAAUUCUCUCAGCAAAAGCCAGACUGCAGGAAAUCCGAGCGCUCCUGCAUGUGGUUCAUGGCAAGUGGAUAUGAAUUUUAAUUAGGAAUUGUCAGUUCAAGAUCUAAGGAGGUCUCUGCCUUCAGCUGAUUUUUAUGCCUGCUCAAUUUCUGCAAUGACAUUGUGCUACAAAGAAUGUGUUUGAAAUAACUAGCACAUGAGUGUGUAACAGUAGCCUUGCACAAUCCGGAGAGCCAACUCAGUUAAAAUGGGCAACUCCGAGAGUCAGUACACCCUUCAAGGAUCUAAAAACCAUAGCAAUACUAUUACUGGUGCUAAGCAAAAGCCUUGCUCCCUGAAAAUACGCAGCAUUCAUGCAAAAGAUGAGAAGUCAUUGCACAGUUGGACUCAAGGAAGCAGCGCAGCAGGUUACAAGUCCAGGUCCCUGGCCCGAAGCUGCCUUUCUCACUUUAAGAGUCAUCAGCCUUAUGCAUCAAGACUCAGUGGGCCCACGUGCAAAGUGUCUAAAGGCAUCACCUAUGCCAAGCACAGGGCGAGCUCCUCAGGAAUCGACUUCCAGGGCAGCAGUGUUGCUUUCUCCCUGGGGAAUGGCUUCCACUACGAUGACCACAAGCCAGCAGACAACCACAUCACCUCAAGUGACUGCAAUGGACACCUCCUCAACUGCUAUGGGAGAAAUGAGAGUGCUGCCUCUACCCCAGCAGGCGAAGACCGCCGAAGCCCCAGAGUGCUCAUCAAGACACUGGGGAAGCUGGAUGGGUGCUUAAGGGUCGAGUUCCACAAUGGUGCCAGCCACAGCAAAGGGCCUGCAGAGGAUCCCAGGGGUCCAGUGCAGCUGCUGAGGUACUCACCUACAUUGGCAUCAGAAACCUCCCCUGUGCCGGAAGCCAGGAGGGACUCCGGUGCUGACUCCCCGGCUAGCCAGCGCCCUUCUCCCACUGACGCUCGCCUGCGCUCCAGCAAAGGCAGCUCACUGAGCUCUGAGUCCUCCUGGUACGACUCCCCUUGGGGCAAUGCUGGGGAGCUGAGUGAGGUGGACGGCUCCUUCCUAGCUCCCAGCGCACCUGAUACCAGCCUUCCCACUAACUUCCCACCUAGUGACGCCAAAAAGCCUUUCAACCAAAGCUCUUCCCUGUCUUCCCUUCGGGAUCUAUACAAAGAUGCCAGCCUUGCGAGCCAUUCCCCCUCUGGCUUCUGCCUUUCUGAUGACUAUGUUGGCUCCCACACCAGCCUAAGCAAUCGCGUCUCUUUUGCAUCUGACAUUGAUGUGCCCUCCAGGGUGGAGCACAGGGACCCUGUCCAGUACAGUUCCUUUACCCUCCCCUGUCGGAAGUCCAAAGCCUUAACCGAGGAUACUGCAAAGAAGGACACCCUCAAAGGCAGAAUGCGACGCAUCAGCGACUGGACGGGGAGCCUCUCAAGGAAGAAGAGAAAACUCCAGGAGCCGAGAUCCAGCUUUGACAGCUGCUCUGAUGGACUGAACACAGAUGUUCAGGUGCCCUCUCCGGCGCCUGCCCUACUGUGGCCAGGGGCCUCAGCUCACAUCCUGUCUCAGAGAAGUGAAUCCGCUCAUGCUAUUGGCAGCGAUCCCCUUCAACAGAACAUUUACGAGAAUUUCAUGCGAGAGUUGGAAAUGAGCAGGACCAAUACUGAACACAUAGAAACAUCCACAGAAACUGUCGAGUCCAGCAGCGAGUCACUCAGCUCGCUGGAGCAACUGGAUCUGCUCUUUGAGAAGGAGCAGGGAGUGGUCCGGAAAGCCGGGUGGCUUUUCUUCAAACCCCUUGUCACCUUACAGAAGGAAAGGAAGCUGGAGCUGGUGGCUCGGAGGAAAUGGAAACAGUACUGGGUAACACUUAAGGAAAGCCACAGCUUUGCCCUCCCUCAGGUGCAUCUUCUGGACACCAGAGAAGUUUGCAUCUGGACAGCAGCCCUGACCUCAGGCCACCUAACAGCUCUCGUUGCUGACCAGAUGAAGUCCCUGAGACUUUAUCUUCACCUGACCUCUGCCCAGCAACCCCAAAAGAUCCAGCAGUGGGAGCAGAAUCUGGAGAAAUUUCAUAUGGAUCUGUUCAGAAUGCGUUGCUACCUGGCCAGCUUACAGGGUGGGGAGUUACCAAACCCCAAGAGCCUGCUUGCUGCCACCAGCCGCCCCUCCAAGCUGGCCCUCGGCCGGUUGGGCAUCUUGUCUGUUUCUUCAUUUCAUGCUCUGGUAUGUUCUAGAGAUGACUCUGCUCUCCGAAAAAGAACACUUUCCCUGACACAGCGAGGGAGGAGCAAGAAGGGCAUAUUUUCUUCCUUAAAAGGGCUAGACACCCUGGCAAGGAAAGGGAAGGAGAAGAGAGCUUCCGUCACUCAGAUAUUUGAUUCCAGUUGCAGCCAUGGAUUUUCUGGAACUCACUUACCUCAAAUCUCCACUAACUCCAGUGAGGUUGACGAACUCCUGCAUCUAUAUGGGUCAGCAGUAGAUGGCGCUACCAGAGACAACACCUGGGAAAUCCAGACUUACAUUCACUUUCAGGAUAAUCAAGGUGUUACUGUCACAGUGAAGCCAGAACACAGAGUGGAAGAUAUUUUAACUUUGGCAUGCAGGAUGAGGCAAUUGGAACCCAGUCACUAUGGCCUUCAGCUUCGGAAAUCAGUUGGUGAAAGUACUGAGUGCUGUAUUCCUGCACCGAAUGAAUAUGUACAAGAGCAGGUUUAUGAUGAAAUAGAAAUCUUUCCACUAAAUAUUUAUGACGUGCAGCUCACGAAGACUGGGAACAUCUCUGACUUUGGCUUUGCAGUCACAGCACAGGUGGACGAGCACCAGCAUCUCAGCCGGAUCUUUAUAAGUGAUGUCCUCCCUGAUGGCUUGGCAUACGGGGGAGGGUUGAGAAAGGGCAAUGAAAUUGUGACCUUAAAUGGGGAAGCUGUGUCAGAUCUUGACCUUAAGCAGAUGGAGGCCCUGUUUUCUGAGAAAAGUGUUGGACUCACUCUCAUUGCCUGGCCUCUGGACACAAAAGCAACCCUGUGUGCCUCCUGGUCAGACAGUGACCUGUUCUCCAGGGACCAGAAGGGUCUGCUGCCCUCCCCCAACCAGUCCCAACUGCUGGAGGAAUUCCUGGACAACUUUAAAAAGAAUCCAGCAAAUGAUUUCAGCAGUGUUCCUGACAUCACAACUGGUAUGAAAAGGAGUCAGACAGAUGGCACUCUGGAUCAAGUCACCCAUCGAGAGAAAAUGGAGCAAACAUUCAGGAGUGCUGAACAGAUCACCACACUGUGUAGGGGCUUUAACGACACCCAGACCAAGAGUAUGGAAGGACCCAGGGAGAGUCAGGACCCUCCUCCGAGGCCUCUGGCCCGCCACCUCUCUGAUGCAGACCGCCUCCGGAAGGUCAUCCAGGAGCUUGUGGACACGGAGAAGUCUUAUGUGAAGGAUCUGAGUUGUCUCUUUGAAUUAUACCUGGAGCCACUUCAGAAUGAGACUUUCCUUACCCAAGACGAGAUGGAGUCCCUCUUUGGAAGCUUGCCAGAGAUGCUGGAGUUUCAGAAGGUGUUUCUGGAGACUCUGGAGGAUGGAAUCUCAGCCUCCUCUGACUUUGAUAUACUGGAAACUCCCUCGCAGUUUAGAAAGUUGCUAUUUUCCCUUGGAGGCUCUUUCCUCUAUUAUGCGGACCAUUUUAAACUGUACAGUGGGUUCUGUGCCAACCAUAUUAAAGUACAGAAGGUUCUUGAGCGAGCUAAAACUGAUAAGGCAUUCAAGACUUUCCUGGAUGCUCGGAAUCCCACUAAGCAGCAUUCCUCCACCCUGGAGUCAUAUCUUAUCAAGCCAGUUCAGAGAGUGCUCAAGUACCCUCUGCUCCUGAAGGAACUCGUGUCCCUGACAGACCAUGAGAGUGAAGAGCACUACCACCUGACAGAAGCACUAAAGGCAAUGGAAAAGGUAGCAAGCCACAUCAAUGAGAUGCAGAAGAUCUAUGAGGAUUAUGGGACCGUGUUUGACCAGUUGGUUGCAGAGCAGAGUGGCACAGAGAAGGAGGUAACAGAACUUUCCAUGGGAGAGCUUCUGAUGCACUCUACAGUCUCCUGGUUGAACCCAUUUCUGUCUCUAGGAAAAGCCAGAAAAGACCUGGAGCUCACAGUAUUUGUUUUUAAAAGAGCUGUCAUAUUGGUUUAUAAAGAAAACUGCAAACUGAAAAAGAAACUGCCCUCCAAUAACCGGCCUUCUCACAGCUCUGCUGACUUGGACCCAUUUAAAUUCCGCUGGCUGAUCCCCAUAUCUGCACUUCAAGUCCGGAUGGGGAACACAGCAGGGACAGAAAAUAAUUCCAUAUGGGAGCUGAUCCAUAUAAAAUCAGAAAUAGAAGGACGGCCAGAAACCAUCUUUCAGUUAUGUUGCAGUGACAGUGAGAGCAAAACCAGCAUCAUUAAGGUGAUCCGUUCUAUUCUGAGGGAAAACUUCAGGCGUCACAUAAAGUGUGAAUUACCACUGGAGAAGACCUCUAAGGAUCGCCUGGUACCUCUCAAGAACCGAGUUCCUGUUUCAGCCAAAUUAGCGUCAUCCAGGUCUCUUAAAGUCCUCAGGACCUCGUGCAGCAGUGAGUGGCCCAGUGAGGCCAGCAAGGCUAACUCACUGGACUCAGAUGAGUGCAGCCUGAGCAGUGGCACCCAGAGCAGCGGCUGCUCUGCGGCUGAGAGCAGGCAGGACUGCAGGAGUGUGGCUCCAGGGGGUGACACCCACGCGGGCUUGGCGGAGUUUCCUGACAGUCUCAUCAAAGAGAGUGAUAUCCUGAGCGAUGAAGAUGAGGAGUACCAGCCAACUCUGAAACGGAGCAGCCCCACCAAGGACAUCGAAAUUCAGUUCCAGAGACUGAGAAUCUCCGAGGAGCCUGAUGCCCAGCUGGUGGAGCAGCAACCUGGUACAGGGGUGGGCGAGGGCUUGAAGGGAGAGCAGCCCAAGCUUGUCCGGGCCCACUUCUGCCCCAUUAAACGAAAAGCAAAUAGCACCAAGAGAAACCGAGGGGCUUUGCUGAAGGCGCAGACUCGGCACCAGUCCCUUGACAGCCAUCCUGAAACCGUCAACAUUGAUCUCAAUUUUGUUCUAGAGAGAGAAUUCAGUGUCCAGAGUUUAACUUCAGUUGUCAAUGAGGAGUGUUUUUAUGAAACAGAAAGCCAUGGAAAAUCAUAGUACAAUUCCAUCCACAUAAGGGUUACACUGCUCACUUUCUUUAAAACUGGUGGUAAAGUGGAAAUUGCAGAAAAACUAUUCAUCAUUGAGUUUUGUGCAGUAUGCAUUUUCCCACAAAAUUGUUG